GAACUGUUAAACAAUGUCUGAAGAAAAUAAUAUAGCAGAUAUGGCAAAGGAUCCACAGAUUCAAUAUGAUCCGUUUAUAAACAUUCUACUACUUGGUGAAACUGGAGUAGGGAAAUCUACAUUCAUAAAUUCUGUUGUAAAUUAUUUAACAUUCCCGGAAUUUGAGAUAGCUGCACAGGAAAACCUAAUAACACUGAUAUCUUCACAAUUCACUGUGCAAGAUAAAAAUGGUGGAUAUCACGAAGUUGAAAUUGGUUCUAGCCUUGAAGAUGAUAAAAAUGAAUGCGUUAAUGUAGGUAUGUCAGCAACCCAAGACGUAAAAUCAUAUGUAUUUCCCAUAUGGAAUGGUGCAUUAAAAGUUCGCUUGAUUGACACGCCAGGAAUUGGUGAUGGAAGGGGUAUUGAUCAAGAUGACAUGAAUUGUGAAAGAAUUCUUAGUUAUAUUGGAUAUCUUCACGAACUGCAUGCCAUUUGCUAUCUGUUUAAACCAACAAACUCCAGAAUAACCAUUUAUUUUGAAUAUUGCAUGACUCAGAUUAUCUCACGUCUAGAAAAGUCAGCAAGCAGAAAUAUUAUUUUUAUUUUUACCAAUGCCAGAGAUACAGAUUAUACUGCAGGAGAGACUUAUCCUAUUUUAAAAAAGGUUGUUGCUAACAUUAAAGCAAGACCGCCGUAUGUGGACAUUCCCCUGGGUAAGAAUGUUUUCUGUUUUGACAAUGAAGCUUUUCGUUAUCUGACUGCAAUUAAACAGAAUAUUGAAUUUAACCCUAGAACAGCACAAAGAAAUCAUGAGAGUUGGACUUGGUCAGUUGAACAAUGUAACAACUUGAUAGAAUACAUUAUUGGAGAUUCCAAAAAUCCUCCAUUGCAACCCUAUAUUAUAAAGAACACAAAUGCCAUCAAUGAGGUUCAAAGGCUCAUAAUACAGCUGUUACAUCCACUUGCCGAAAUAUCUCUACUUAUCAGUAACAAUGUUUUUGCUCUACAAAGGCAUAAGGAAGAUUUAGAUACGAGCUCUAAUACUAUAGAUGAAUUGAGGAAAAAAUUAUACAUGCCCGUAAUAGAUCUAGAAGUGAUGGAAUUGUCACAACCUGUUACAAUAUGUACCAGCAAAAAAUGUACAGAGAUAUAUAAGGUAGGAGAACUUAAUAAAUAUCAUUACAAACAAAUAUGCCACGAUCCCUGUUCUCUUCGAAAUGUCCCUAAAGAAAUAAUAGGAAGCCCUGAAUUACUACAUUGUUCAGCUAUUAAUUCGUUUACAAAAGCUUGCAUACAGUGCCAGUGUGACUUUUCCACACACAUGCACAUUUAUUAUUUGACAAAAACGGUGGAAAACAAAGUAGUUGAUAAAAACAUACAAAAAAACAUAAAUAACAAAAAAGCAGUAUUGGAAAAUUCCCAAAAGUUAAUAAAACAUAUCUCUACAAGAAAAAAUGAACUUGAUGAGGAGCAUAAUGUAAUUAUAAAAACAUGUGCUAAAUUUGCACAUUUUCUGGAGAAUAAUACAACACCAUUCAGUGACUCUUAUAAGGAAUAUAUUGAAUACUUGAUUACACGUGAGAAAUCUUUGGGACAAUUAGCAAAAAAGGCCAUUGUUGAUCAUCUGGAAAAAACUUUAAGAGAAUAUCAAGAAGCUAAGCGUUUCUUUGAUGAGUUACUCUCACUGCAAAAGAAAACUGGCAGUAAUAUAUUAAUAACACCACAGGAUAUUCAAGAAAACAUACAGAAGUUGUACACAUUGAAGCAUAAUGGUAAGAAGAUCAAAGGACUUUGUGAGUGUCAAACAGAAUCACGUACUCGAGAACAUAAAUCCAAGGAGUAUGUUCACAAGGUGUUUUCGUUAUUCAACCAGGGAAAAGGAAAAAAGAAGUCUCAAAAUAAAAAAUGGUCCCAAAGUCCUCCUUCAGAAAAUAAAGAACUAUUUCUCACAGGCCAAGUUGGUUCUGAGAAUCGACAAUAUCAAGAUAAUUCCAUGGAAUAUCUUCUUCCUGAUGAAUCUCAAAGUAAUUCCCAAGACAUUCCAAAUCCAGACAUUGAAUUUUCAGCUCAGAGUACAAAAUCGCCCCAAAGUCCUCGUUCAGUAAAAGAACUAUUGCUCACAGGCCAAGUUCCUGAGAACACUCAGAAUCCACAAUACCAAGAUAAUUCUAUGGAAUAUCCUCCCCCUGAUGAAUCUCAAAGUCAUUCCCAAGACAUUCCAAAUGCAGAUAUUGAACUUCCAGCAACUCACAGCCAGAUUGACAACAACGAGGAAAUGGAAGCAGCCCGAGCUGGAUACGAGUCUCCACUUCCAGCAAACGAGGAGUUUUUUUCCCCGCUCCAAUUUUGUUUACACGAUCUACAAGGGCACAGUUGCAAACGGUGUUCUUAUAAUAAACUUCAAAGAAAUCCUCAAGACAUUCCAGGACUUUGUUCUAAAUUUUCUGAUAAUGCAGAUGUAUAA